AAGAUCUGACUUGGCUUUGUACGAUUACAGUAAAGAAAACAUCAAGCUGGUACCAUGCCGCCGCGGCUGAACAAACGACAGCAGCGCGAACAGGAGGAGUUGCUGGCUCUGGGAAAGACCCCUGAUGUUGGUGGCGGGACGAGUGAGGAUGAGGAAUCCGGGUUUCGCAGCAAAGAUGAAAUAGAUCAACUUGAUGACAGCGAGAAUGAAAACUCCUCUCUACCAACAAAGGCUCGAAAGGCUCGCAAAUUAUUUUAUAUCACUACCAGACCAAAGAAAAAGAAGAAGAAAGCCAAAGCGGCUGCUACACCUGAUCCUGUGACCACAGAACAGGACUCAAAGGGAUCUGAAUCGCCAAGAACGUCACAGGCAAGCAAUGCGAAUCCUAAAACGACCCCCAAAAAAGCCAAAGCAAAGGCGAAAAAGAAUGAUGAUAAAGAUGAUCUAGAUCAGGCGCUCGCUGAGCUCUCUGUCAAAUACCCUGAGCUGAAGAAGAUAGCAUCGUCGCCAUCAUCAUCGUCUGACUUUUCUCAUCACCAAUCUCUUGCGUCUCUCUUAGCUGUGUCACUAUCCCAUCUUGACAGUGAAGCCGAAUUGCGCAAGUUCUUUGGAUCGAAAGUCGUAAUCGCUGCAAAAUCCGGUUCAUCCGGCACUACCGGCACAUCUCGAAGGCAAGCAGGAACACAACGCUCGCAGCUAACUCGACCUCAGUCAUCUUGGUGGCCGGCAAAGCUACGUGAGGGUCUGACACUCAGGCCAUUGACCGAAGAUGAAUUAGAAAAACAAGAUCGCUUCGGUUCUCACGCUUCCGGAGAUAAGUACUGGACAGUAGAAUACAGUAAGAAAUAUAAAAGUGUUACAAUGGCGUUCAUGCAGGCGGUGAUGGCUGGAGAUCCCAGCGCAUUUACCCCUAUCUUAAAAAAACUACCAUGGCACGCAGAUACACUCUUACAACUGUCUGAAGUAUAUAGACAUCAAGAAGAUUACAGCCAGGCUGUAGACUUUGUUGAAUGCGCGCUAUUCACAUACGAACGUUCUUUUGUUGGUGCAUUCAGCUUUUCUACUGGAGUCAAUCGACUGGAUUUCGACCGCGUAGAGAACCGUCCAUUUUUCUUAGCGCUUCACCGUCAGGCAACUGACUUACAGCGCAGAGGUUGUGUUCGAACGGCAUUUGAAUUUGCUCGUCUGCUAUAUUCACUUGAUCCAUGGUCAGACCCACAUGGUGCCCUCUUUCAUUUAGAUUACUUGGCUAUCAAAUCUGGCAUGAGCCACUGGUUAUUGGAUAUAUGGAAUGAGUUCCAUAGCAGGUCACGCGGAAAGGAGACCCGGUCUAACUAUUCAAACCCAAGCAACUUGCCCGGGUGGGCUUUUGCUAGGGCAUUAGCUAUUCGAAUGAGAGAAGAAUCAGGAAAGGAGAAGUCACCUGGGGACAGCACAGAUGCUCUGAAGCAGGCGAUACUGGGAUUCCCCUCCGUUGUCGUACUUUUAGCCGACAAGGCUGAUAUAACACUGUCGUCGGAGAUCAGGAGCCAGAAGGCAUUCAAAAUUCAUACUGAUGCUAGCGGCCUUUCACCGGCGGAAGCUGUGCUUCACGCACUUUCACAUCUUUAUGCUCAAAGGUCGGCUUCUUUGUGGAAGCCUACCAAAUACGCAAGCUGGUUUGCGAGUACUGUAGCGGCGGUACUUCCCACCUUGUCCUCGCAACGAUCCAGUCCCUCGAGAGACAAACUCCUAGAGUUGUAUAGCUCACCAGAUGCAAGAUAUCCAGUUUAUCGCCAUCUGCUCGUACUUGAAUCAAGCUGCAGGAGUCUUUUCCCCUUCAUCCCUCGCGAGGUUCUUAACAUAAAACAGCUAGCUUGCGAUCCUCUCCCGCCAUUAACAUCUAUCACUGAGUACAACGAAGAGUUCUUCAAGGGUUCUGAAGACGUAUUCGCAAUCCGACCUCGGACAAGGAGAAAUCGGGUUGCAGACCAACGUGCGUUGGAAAGGUUUCUACCUGAUCCUGCUUUCCGUGCGCAGCUGCAGGGUUUCUUUGACGCUCAUCCCCGGUUUGCUGAAAGAUUCCCGGAGGGGAUUGUCCAAUUUGUUCAGAUGUUAGGUAAUCUUCCUGAUGGAGUUCUCGAGGAUAUGAUGGCAGCCGAAGCUAUGGGUGAGGGUGGACAACUGCCAGGGGACGAAGUCAACGUUUUUCUCCCUGGGAUCGAUGGCAUAGACGUAGAUGCAGAGGACCCGCUUCAAGGCGACGCUCAUGCCGAGUACAUGCAUGAAGACGACGGCGAUAUUGAAGAUGAACCUGACGAUGAGGAUGGCGAUGACGAAGAUGACGAAGAAACUGAUAUUGCCCCGUUGCCUGUGCGUGUGAUAAGAAACUUGAUGAAUCGAUUUUGGGGAAUUUCUGGGCAUGCCGGUAAUGAUGACGAGUCUUCGGAAGAGAGUGGUGGAGAGAUGCCAGGUGCCGGCGCAGACGACGUGGACUGAGCGCUAGUACCCGUGGCUUUCCAGAUCUUACACAAAAAAAUAUGACACUUUAUUCAAUUGUUUUUGAGAUUAUACUGAUAUCGUAUGUUAAUGUCUUCA